AUGUCGCAUGCCCACACCGGCCCUCCCCUGCCGUCGUGCAUGACCCCGUCGAACGCCACGGGAGCCCCUCGUGACGUUGCGGCGAUGCAGCCGAAGAAAUUAAAGGGGUCUGAACGCACAGCAGCGAUGGGCGGCAGCAGCGGCAAAGAUGCCCCGUCACCCAUCGACGUGAAGCGAUGCUCUCGACACACGCCGCGUGGCUUCAAUGAGAAACACUCGCCACUUCACCGCAGUGCGGCCCCCUGCUGCAUGGAGGAAGUCCGGAAGCUGUGCAGAUCCCUGGGCACUGAGAAGGCGAUGAUGGUACUUCUGCGAGAGGUGCGGUUGCAGCGCAUGAGCACAAGCCAUUACAAGUACAAAUACCGGAGGGCGCUGAGGGCGCUGCGCUCCGCUAGGCAAGCCGCCUUGAGAGGCCCCGACAAGGGCGAAGCGCCGCAUGGUCGCAAUGAAAACAGCCAGACGUUGAGUCGAGAAGAAGGAAAGAAUGAUGAAAAGAGAGAAAUAUUCUCUCAGGAGCGAGAUCGCCUUUUCACAAAUGCACGCGGUGGCAGUAUUAGUGGCGUAGAUCUCACUUCAACGUAUGAAACCGAUAGCGCACGUGUUUUGGAGGUUCUGAACGACCCUGCGGCGUCGACGGAUCGCCUGCGGGCAGCACUGCGGGAUUUAUGUCGUCGCUACCAACACCUUUGCAGAGCCCGCAAAGAACAAAGGGAGCAGUCGCAUCAUUUCCGUUUGUUCCGCAUAGCAUCAUACCCUUGUGGUGGUCUUGACGCCUGCCACUACGAGGAUCAUGUGCCCGUUGCAUUUGCGCAUUUAUCCGUGCUUAGUGACAUGUCGAGCCCACAGCUGCCGCACAGACGCCACAGUCUUCCGUCAUUUGCGGAGAUGGACCCCACGUGGAAGGAACAAAAAGAAACAAAUGAUUUUGGCGUGCAAGCAUUGUCCAAAACUAGUAGUCUCUCGGAUCACCCCCAGCGUUCUUGCAACGCGAGUGUAGUGGCGGUGGCGAUUUCAUCAUCCCCUUCCCUGCAAAUGGCCACCAGAAGGAUAGACGGAAAUUCGUUCGAUCGUUAUGCUGGCGCCAAGUACGAUGGCGAUGACGUUAACAGCAGCAGCAGCAGCAGCAGGAGCACCAGAAGUAGGAGUACGGCGAGUAUUGAUAGCACCAGCAGUGCCCUUCACCGUUUGACGCAGAAUGAGAAGUUGCGGCAGUGGCGUCUGGACGCACUGCGGCUGCAGGGUAGGCUCCUACGAGGCUGGGAAAGUAAACAGUGA